AUGGGUUUCUUUUGUGCCUUCUUUUUUUUUUUUUUGCAGACAGUCAUUUUAGAAAACGAAGAGCUCCCUAAAAUAUUUCUUGAUUUUCUGAACGUUCGCCAUGUACCAACCUUGCCAAAAGCAGAAAGCUGUGGCUCUUUUGAUGAAACAGAAUCUGAAGAAUCAAGCAAACUGUCCCACCAGCCUGUGCUGCUGUUCCUAAGGGAUCCAUAUGUCUUGCCUAAAGCCAACGAUGACUUUCCAAACGUAGUUAUAGAUGGCAUUCUACAUGGAAUAUUUUAUCCUCAUUUACUGCCCAGGUAGAAGCAAUGUGUGGCAAAAAGGAGCUGAAGCAAGUCUCCGAGUCAUGUUUAAUUGAAUUAACAGGAAUGAAAUUCUGUGACGUGAAAACUGUGCUCAGAAGCAAGAAGCACGACCUCAGCUUAAGUUCAAGCAUUAUAUCUUUUUAAAUAAAAUCACUGUCACUACAAUUGCUGCUUAAAAAAAAGAGAUAUGGAAGAAACAGUAUUGAAGUUACUUAUACCUUCUGCAUAGUGACAUGCUGUUUUACACUAAACGUUCUAAGUCAUACACUGAAUUACACUAACCUUUGAAAAGUUUUACUAAUUAUUUCUAUGAUUUAUAUCAUAACAAACACUAAACUUUUUGCACCAGGAAUUUUUCCAGCACAUUACCCAUUGCUGGCACUGGAUGGAUUAAAAGUGCUGAAGAGAGUGUGUGAGAAAUUGGAAAACAUGCUUUCACAUUCUGAAACGCACAGCGCUCUCUCGGGAAAUUUCCAAGAUUUCAGUGGGAAUUAUUUUACUUACCAGGAGCUUUUACAUAGCAUUUAUGUAUCUCCAUUCAGUUACAACAUCUAACCUGUGCGUGUGUUUACCCUCCACAUCAACUUACAGACUGUAUUCUAUAUCCUAACAUUUUGUAAAUCACAGAGCAUAAGACUCUGUGGUAAACUAAAGCAAGAAUAUGAUUACAAUUAUGAUCAAACUAAAACUGAUACAUAUAUACGUGUUCAGAUUUGACUGGAAAUUUGUAUGUACACUACUGGACAUUACAAAAUAAAUCACAAGGAC